AUGGGCUGCGGAGGGGCCAAGCCUGCACAGGCGGCCGCGAACCCGCAGCAGCCUUCCCCGCAAGCUUCGCCACAGCAGCAUUCGCAACAGCCCGUGAUCCCGGCACCGCAAGCAUCCGCAGCCACAGUGAGGAGUGACAAAGUCAUUGUGCCUCGCAGCUUCCGGCUGCUAGACGAGCUGGAGAAGGGCCAAAAGUGUGAAAGAGCAUCACACCUUUCGUGGGGCCUGGCCUACGAUGACGACAUCACCCUGACAACGUGGAACGGAACUAUUUUUGGACCUAUUGACACAGCCUUUGACAACCGCAUCUACUCGUUGCAAAUUGUUUGUGGACAGAACUAUCCAGAUGUCCUGCCAGAAGUGCGCUUUACCGCGGGCAUCAACAUGAAUUGCGUCGAAUCGGACGGGACAGUCAAGCCCACUUGGGGCGUCUUAGGCAGUUGGAAAAGAGACUAUACCAUCGAGACCGUCCUGGACGCACUCCGCCGGGAGAUGUGCAGCCCUGCAAACCGCCAUUUGACCCAGCCGGAUACCGCGCCCCCCGCGCCAAACAGCUGA